AGGAUUUUGGAUAAUUCUUCAUGGCAGUGUUGAGAAAGGAAGAGAGGCUGUCUCUCACUCUUUCAAAGCAAAAACCAGAGAGAGAGAAACAACACGAAAAAGAUUCAGAAAUCAAAUGGCUGUCUCUUCCAUAUCUGCAACCCUUGUUCCUUCUCUUCCAUUCCCCAAGUCUUCACCUUUUUCUCAUUCCAACCCAAAGCUCUCUUCUUUCUCUUUGGCCUCUGCUAACUGUUCCUUGAAGCUAAGAGCUCUAAAACCCUCACAAUCUUUUACUAGAGUUUAUGCUGCUCCUGAAGUCUUAGAAUCGCAAGACACUCUACAACCCCCUCCAGAAACUCUAGAUGGGUCCGGCUCUGAUGCCAGUGAGGUUGGAGGUUCUGAGAUUCCCAGCACAUCGUCACUUAGUGUUGGUGCUGACGCUGAUAAGUUGGCACCAAAGCAGAAAAUCAGGAUAAAGCUUAGGUCUUACUGGGUGCCUCUGAUAGAGGACUCCUGCAAGCAGAUAUUGGAUGCGGCGAGGAAUACUAAUGCAAAAACAAUGGGUCCAGUGCCCUUACCAACCAAAAAGCGAAUCUACUGUGUUCUUAAAUCACCACACGUGCACAAGGAUGCAAGGUUCCAUUUUGAGAUUCGUACUCAUCAGCGCCUGAUUGAUAUUCUUUACCCAACUGCACAAACGAUAGAUUCUUUGAUGCAACUUGACCUUCCUGCUGGAGUUGAUGUGGAGGUCAAGCUUUGAAGAAGCAGGGUUGCUGCUUCUGUAUGGUCUCUUCUCUUGCUAAAUGUUAGGGGCUGAAUUUCUUUGGAAGACAUGUAUCUGUUGGAAAAUUACCAUGGUGAACAUUAAUAUUGUAGAGUGACUGCUGAAUCAAAGUUUGUAGAAAGAAGUCCAGCAGUCACUCUAUUUUGGAGAUGUUUUAGGCAGUACUUGUGCAAACACCUGCCGCCUCGAAUUGGAAGUGAAUAGUGAGCGUAAAGAGUGGCGGUUUAUGUAAGCGUGCAUUUGUAUUUCUGUUAAAUUUUCUAUUGUGGAUUUACAUGAUGCUCACCUUAACAUGCAAUGUCAUACUAUUGAACUAUCAAAAUUCAUUAUCAGUUCUUUUAUUCUUGAUAA